CGCCGGCACCUGGUGAUCGCUGAGUAUUUCCGACAGGGGAGAGAACUGUCCUGUCAGCUCCUGCAUAGCAGAGCCAAUACAAAGCAGUGAGAAGCACACACAUGGCACCCUUUGAUCACCCAAGAUGUUAACCCCUUCCUGCUCAGUGCCAUUAGUACAGUGUCAGUGCUUUUUAUUAGCACUGAUUACUGUAUUGGUGUCACUGGGGAUGUCAGUGACAUCAUGUCAGUACCCCCAGUGUCAGAAUGCCCACCGCAGUCCCUCUAUA